AUGGUGGUUUCGAUUUUGGAGAUAGAAAUAGAGGGGGAUUCACAGCUGGAUUUUGCUAGAGCGUUUGAUUUGGUAAUAGCAAACUCGAAUUUUCUGAAGAAGAUGGAACACUUGGUCACAUUCCGAAGCUCGGUGGCCAGGACCCAGAUUGACUAUCUUCUCUGCAGGAGGUCCGAUAAAGGUCUUUGCACGGAUUGCAAGGUCAUCCCGAGUGAGAACUUCACGACCCUUCAAAGGCUCCUGGUGAUGGACCUUGAGAUCACGAGGAAGAAGAGAAAGAUGGCAGUGUAUGGCCAACCUAAGAUCAAGUGGGGAGCCUUGACUGAAGACGAAGCGCAGGAGUUAGGAGUUAAGUUGUUGACUAUGGGAGCUUAG